CUGGAGGUUUGCCCGGUCGUUAACUUCAGGGCCCUCAGGAUUAGUCUCAUGCUUCGGCUGUGGGGAUACCUGAGUUAUCAAAAAAAAACACCAACAUUCGCCAUCUCUGUUGAGAACAUAACUGAAAAAGAAACAAAAGUAACAAAGUUUGAUUUGAAGCUGAUUAAUGAUGAGUUGGAGAAGGUGCUAGGAGUUGAAGGUAAAGAAGAUGGUUGCAAUGACUCAUCUGGGAGAAACAGUCAUGUUAGCACCAUUACACUGAGUGGCAAGACAUUGGAAGGCACAGAGACCAGUGGGAACAGAACAACAAUGUGUCCACUCCAGGGCUAUCUGCUUGGGUCAGCAAUUGAGUUGCCAGAAACAAAGAAGGAACAUAGAACAUCACUUGGGGAGCUGUUUCAGAGGACAAAAAUGACAGAGGAAAAUUCUGUCGCUAAAUGCGAGAGCGGAGAAAAGAAGGCAGACAAGGAAACAAAUAAAUCUGCUAUACGUCUCAUGAAAAAGAUACUGAAGAAAAAUGGUCCAUGAUUCCUCUCGGACCUCCACCACAGUGACUGGGGGAAAUGUUAUCUCUGCUUCAAUGGAGACGAAACUGCAUAAGAUCCUCCACAUGUUCCACAAGAAAGUCUAUCCUGAAAACUCAACUUCUGCAUGGAAAUCAGAUAAGCCCCAUAAGAAUGAACCAAAGAACAACAUCACCUGUGAGGAGGGGUACUAUGACGGAGAUUAUAUGCACCCAGGUGAAGAUAUCAUAAUAUUUCCCCAUACAGCCCUUUCAAAAGAGAGCAUACGAUGCUUCAAGAGACACUCAAACCCAUCACAACUCACAAUCAGUGGAAGCAAUUCAAAUGGGAACAGCGAAAACUGGAUCAAUACAGAUGCAGACUGUAAGUACACAUAUAGCUACCUUUCCCAAAAUCUAUUGUAUGCUCCAGACUUCAUGGUGAUUAUAAUUUGAUUAUAGAAACUAAAUUCUGAGCCCACAGAAGUUGGCAUUUACACUAUCACUUUUGGACUGAUGAAGUUGUACAUCCUUCAACUUAUAUUCUUGAUAAGGACAAAGGAAAGACCUAGUUUAUGUGUUCUGUCAGAUAUAAUGAUCUCCUUCUAACUGGCCUCAUGUAUUAUGGAUUUCAUUAUUCGAGUUGUGCAACUAUUUUGGUUAUUAGUCUGAUUCAAUUCUAUUAUUUGCACUGCAGACUUCGUGCUGGAGCUAUAGAAGGAAGAAGCGCUCUUAAAGUGCGGUUAUGAUAUAUUGGCAUUAAAUAGUAAUCAUUUGGCAUUAUGUUAUAAUUUUUAACAUAAUGCAGUCAGACAAUGUCCACUAGGAUUGUGCCCUUCAACACCCACAACCUGCAAAAAU